GCUGCGGCGCGGGUGCAUGGAAGGAAGCGGCGGCUGCGGAGGAGAGGCGGCGGCUGCCCCAUGGAGUGUUACUACAUUGUCAUCAGCUCCACGCAUCUCAGCAACGGACACUUUCGCAACAUCAAGGGAGUUUUCCGGGGCCCUCUCAGCAAGAACGGGAACAAAACUCUGGACUAUGCAGAGAAAGAGAAUACCAUAGCGAAAGCUCUGGAAGACUUGAAGGCUAAUUUUUACUGUGAGCUCUGUGACAAGCAGUAUUAUAAGCAUCAGGAAUUUGACAACCACAUUAAUUCAUAUGACCAUGCUCAUAAACAGCGACUCAAGGAAUUGAAACAAAGGGAAUUUGCUCGAAAUGUAGCAUCUAAGUCCAGGAAAGAUGAAAGAAAACAGGAAAAGGCACUCCAGCGCCUGCACAAGCUGGCAGAGCUAAGAAAGGAAACUGUAUGUGCUCCUGGAAGUGGGCCUAUGUUCAAGUCAACCACUGUUACUGUGAGAGAAAAUUUUCAUGAAAUAUCCCGAAGAGAAGUUGUGGAUACAGUUAAUAAUCAGCAUGAUUUCAAGUACACUUUGAUUCACAGUGAAGAGAAUGCUAAAGAUGUCAGCACUGUUCCUGUGGAUGCGGAAGGUACAGAGCAGUGUACAACAAAUAAUCAUCAACUUGCGGAGAAAGCCCAAGGAAUUCAUAAACAUAAAGUUGGCUUUUCGUUUGCAUUUCCAAAGAAAACAUGCCUGAAGCUGGAGUCCUCGGCAGCAGCUUUCUCCGAGCAUAGUGAUGAUUCCUCUGCAGGGAAAGAGUUCAGCCGUAAAAGUAGGUUUGUCCCCAGUUCUUGUCAUCUUCAACUAUCUUCACCAACAGAUUUGGUUUUGAAUUCUGAGGAGAAAGCUAACUCUCUUCAUCCACCAGAGGCAAUGAUGUGUAUGGACGAAGAAACAGCUCAAAUUCAAGAGAUGAAAGAAGUCUCUAUUGAAAAAGAUACAUCAUUACAUUCAUUUUGCCAGCUUCAGCUCCCCUUGUCUUCUAUUGCAGGUAACUGCCAAGAUUCAGUCCCAUUGGUAGAUCAAGUAUCACUGGACCAUGUUACUAAUGAAGACAUACCUGUGAGUAGUGCCUGCUCUGAUGUGUUAGGAAGCCUUCCUACAGUUCUCAAUAUGCCUACUGACCACAUACCAGUGAAAGCAACCACAGAAGAAAAUGUUAAGGAGGACACAUCUAAAAUUGAAACUGAAAAUAAAAAUAGUGUUGAAUUACAGAACCCUUCCAAGACUGAAGAGGACAAUGUAACUGUACAUAAAAAGACAGAUUUAUGUAAAAGACAAGCUGAGCCCUUCGUACCUGUUCUUAACAAACUUGGCUCCACAGUUCUUCAAUGGCCAUCGGAGAUGCUGGUGUACACAGUUACAGAGCCAUCCAUUUCCUACAGCUGUAAUCCUCUCUGCUUUGACUUCAAGUCCACUAAAUUAAACUCAGAUAAAAAUAAACUGUUCUUGAAUGAGCAUCAUUCUCAGCAGAAGGAAGAUUUUUCCAAGACACCAGUUUCAGAGUCCAAAGACACACUUAUCCCAGUUCUCACAGACUGUGAAAUUAGUGGUAGCAGAAACGGUCACACCCAAGUUCCUGCUCAUUUGUCCAUUGAUACUCUACCUAACAGUUGUGAAAUGGGACACAACGAGAGCAUGGGUCAGAGGUACAAAAACAUUUCCUGCAGGACCAUCAAAGUGGAAAAAUGCAAUUUUACCAAAAGUCAAACAAAAGAUUUCACGCUAAAUGAGAAAAACAACAAAACAAAGAGAGACACUCAUGAACACUGGUUCCAUAAAUGCAGAAGAAAGAAAAAAAGAAGAAAGUUACGUCUGCAUCCUCACAGGGUAAAAACCAAAGAAUCAGAAAAUGACUGCAAAAUGGAUAUAGGCAGACAUUGUCCUUACAUCUCCAGGAAAGAUCUACUGGAGCCAAUUGCAGAAAGGCAGUACCUUGCUACAGAGAAGUUAUUAGCCUCCCAUCCCAAGUCAGUGUCCAUGGACAUAAGUGAAAAUGAAGAAGAGAGUCAAACCUCGAACACUGAGUUCAGUGAUAAGGAUGCUAGCCCUUCUAAACAACACUGCAGAAGAAAUACAGGCCUUGUAAAUGGACAAUCAAAUCCAACGGUAGUACAUUCUGCAAAGCAUAAUUUUACAUACUCCAGAACAUACUGUUGUUGGAAAGCCAGGCUGUCAACCUGUAGUCAGGACCAGAGAAAUUUACUUCUUCAAAGUGAUGCAAAAUGCACAAGUCAGAAUCUGCCAGUGAAAAGAGGUUACAAUUCUCUCAUGAAUGAAUCAGAAAGAUCUCAUCGAAAACGCAGACAACAUUCAUGCUCUUAUUCAUCAGAUGAAAGUUUGAAUCAACAGACCUAUUUACCUGAGGAUGUUUUCAGGCCACCAAAUACUUCCUUGGCUCCUUGCAAGCCAAAAAGGAAAAGGCGGAGAAAAAGAAGCAGACUCCCAGACAAAGGUGGGACUUUGGAAAUCAAAGAAAGUUUAGAUAAUCCCAUGAGAUGUAGUUCUUCUUUGAGUCACCUGGAUAGGUCAGUAAGUGAAGACACAAAAGAAGAAAUAAAACUCCAAGAGGAUGCAAAUAUUGAAGGGAACCCAGAACAAACAGAUUCAAUUGAAAACAAAUUGGCUUUCCCCACUGGGGAUCCACUUCCAUCUGAAACCAGUGGGGAAGCUGUGCACUCAGUAAUGGAGACCAUGCCAGGGGAUAAGUCCCAGGUUCCCAAUGAUUGCACCCCAUCUGUGGAUGUAGCUCAGGCCCCUGCAGAAGGCAUGACUGACAAUGCCUUGCAUGAAUGCAAUCAAAGAAGACAGACUACCAACAUCCAUGAAAGGCAAAUUCCUUUCAAGGUGCCUCAUAUUGAAAGGAACUUUAGACAGUCACAGCCUAAAUCCUACAUUUGUCAUUAUGAACUGGCUGAGACCAUCCCACAAGGAAAGGUGAAUGAGACAUCAGCAGAAUGGCUGUGUUAUAAUUCAGGAAUCCUUAAUGCACAACCACCAAUACCAUUCAAGGAAGCACAUGUCAGCAGCCAUGCCUUUGUCACCACAGAGCAAAUCCUCGCUCCUUUGGCUUUUCCUGAACAGGCAUUACUUAUUCCACUAGAAAACCAUGACAAAUUCAAAACUCUACCAUGCGAGGUCUACCAGCACAUUACCCAGCCGAACAUGCUGACCAACAAGGUCAAAUUUACCUUUCCUGCAGCUCCCCACCCUCCCCCCAGCACAGCUGUGCAGCCGUUGCCUUUGCAGCAGCCCCUCAGUUCUACCUCUGUAACCACCAUCCACCAUGCUGUUUUGCAGCAGCACGCUGCGGCCGCUGCAGCCGGAACCUUCAAAGUGCUUCAACCACAUCAACAGUUUCUUUCCCAAGUCCCAGCUCUGUCCAGAACAUCUAUACCUCAGAUCUCAGUAGGACCAGUAGGACCAAUAGGACCUAGGCUUUGCCCGGGAAGCCAGCCAACUUUUGUGGCUUCUCCUCAGAUGCAGCUCAUUCCGGCAUCCGUUCUUCAUCCUGGCCACCUGUCCUUCCCACCUUUACCUCAUGCACUCUUUCCUUCAUUGCUUUCCCCACAUCCUACUGUCAUACCUCUGCAGCCCCUCUUCUAGUCAUCGCUAGAAUGAGAAAAGAGAAUACUUUGUGGAAACUAUUGCUGUAUGCAUAAGCAUUCCUCCAAAUGGAUAAUUGGCUAUUUAACAGAUGCAAACAAACUGGCCCAAAUUGGCCUCCUUGAUUUCAAAUCACUUACUGUAAGUGUAAUAAUGAAAAUAAAUUAUUAAGUUUCUGAUAUAUGAUAUUAUUAAAGCACUGAAUAGUUUGAAAAUCAAUACAAUAUAUGCUGUACAUUAAAAUUAUGUCUUAAGAUUAUGUAUAAUGUACAUAAAAUAUAUUUAUAGUACUGUAAUUUAUGUUGUAAAGUAUGCUCUUUGGGUUUCUUUCUAAUCUUUGUGUAUUUGCACCUAUUUAAUGUUUAGACAAAGCUGAUGGCACUAUGUUUUGUACCAUGUUCCUUGAAACUGUAAAUUCAGUGAUAAAUUAUCUCUUGCAAUAAACUUUUGUUAACUAUUUAAGUAAAUCAAA